AAUAUAUAGUUAUAUAGAUAUUGAAAGUUACACAGUAACUAGUCAUAGAUUAUACACUUAUAUACUGAGUAACUAGUUCUUAGUCUGUGCCUAGAAUAAAAAAUAAAUAUUGCCAAAUUGUGUGGUUAAUUUAUAGUGCAAUUAUGUGAAUUAGGUGAUUUUUUAAAUAUUUAUCUUCAUUAUUAGAAAUAAUUUCUGUAAUCGUUAAAAUAUGAGUAAUACAACUGAGGAAUUGCUUUCAAUGCUUGAUGAUAAAAUAAAUUAUGGGGAUCUAUUAAUUGAAAGAUUACAAGUAAUACAAAACUUAGACGGGGUUGCAAAACUUCAAAGAAAAAUUCGGCAAGAAAUAGAUUUUUUAUCAAGGUUAAGAAAAUCUAAAAAAAUUAAAGUUGAGCAAUUGUCAUGUUCAAAUUUGAGACACCUAGGAGCAUUGGUUGAAUGUGCUCUUCGCCCAGGCGUUGUAUCCAUUUGUAAGAUAUUCCAUAUUGAUGCUGAGAGCAAACUUGUUAUAGAUAUUAUAAGUGAUGCAGGAAAAGUUUGGACAAAAGUGAUUGCAAGAAACCCAAAAUCUUUAUCUGCAUUAAGUAUGGGAAAUUCUUCAUAUGGUGCCAGAUCAAUUUUAGAUCAAGCAGAAGACUAUAAAGAAUGUGCUCAGUUAUAUCCCUGUAUGUAUAAACCACCUAAGGUUAUAUUUGAGUUUGUGAGUGGAAUAGAAGAAAAUCUGGCAAAUAAAUUAAGAGCAUUAGGUGUAAUUGUAAAUGGAGAAGUGCUACCAAAUUCAAAACAAACUGAUUCUGAUGAAUAUUGUGAUUUGAGUGAUGAUGGGUUUGAUAAGAGAUCUAGAUCAGAUGAGGACCAGUCCUUGUGCAAUGUAUCAACCAUAGAUGAGCAUUUUAGUAUAAAUACUCUCAAUCUGGAUGUAACAGCGAUGAUGGCAUACGUAAGCAACAUGACAAAUGGACAUAGCAACUAUGUGUUUAAACAAGAAGUUUUAACUCAGCAAGCGGCUUGGGACACGGAGAGACCUGUAAAACCUAUAUUAGAUAAAUUAUUUGAAGGUAAAACUUUGGUAUGUUGUAGAACUGCGUGGGAUAACUUUCAAAAGAUUGUAGAAAUAUUGGGUGGUCCAAUGGAGAAGAAACGAACUAUGGAAUUACGUGAAAAAUUAACUAUUUAUGAGGACGAUUAUGGCGGUCAGGAUGAUUAUCCCAGACAAAAUUUGAAAGUCAGGGGCAAUGUACGGCUCAGAUCCAAAACAGUUUUCAAUUUUGGGCAUAGAAUUAAGGCUAUAACAGUUUCUGCAAAUGAAGGUUUUGUCAGAGCGGCAAUGCAACAGGGUGUAAAUUAUGCUGCUUUCAUUCAUGAAUCAAGAGCUUUAACAGAAGGCAAAGAAGCUAGUGCAACAAAAAUUUUAUGAUGCUUUUCUCGUCUAGGCUUCGCUAUGGUUUGGCAACAUGACGCAGAUUCGAAUCCCGUCGUGUGACAAUUUUUUUUUUCAAAUGGAACAUUUCUCAUUUUAAAAAACAUAAUGUAUACUAAAAACUUUAUUCUAAACCCCGUUAAGAAAUUCGAAUAUAUAUUUUCAGCAAACUAAAGGG